AUGUUCAUCUGCAACUCGGCGGUUAAAUACACGCUCUCUUUCUCUCUUUACAACGAAGGAGAAGAAGAAGGGGAGAGAGAGGGACCGCCGUCGAAUUCCACCCCCCCCCGGGCCGCCUCUCUCUGGAACAGAGCCAUACAGAAUGGAUUUCUAGCUUCUCUUUUAUUACUAAUGAUGGACCACAAUCACUUGACAAUAAAGACCUUUAUGGCCAUCACGGCUGAGAGGGAUGCUGCCAUCCGAGAAAGGAACAUGGCAUUGGAGGAGAGAAAGAGGGCCUUUGCAGAGCGAGACAUGGCAAUGCUGCAGCGGGAUGCAGCAAUUGCCGAGCGUAAUGCUGCCAUACAAGAUCGAGAUGAGGCAAUUGCUGCCCUGCAAUUCCGGGAAAGCUCAAUGAAUGAUAAUACUGUCCCCAAUUCGCUUGGAAACGAAAUUACAAGUGGAUCAAAACACAUUCACUACCAGCAGCAGAUGCACAUGGAUGAAGCGGCAUAUAUUUCUAGAGGAAGUACAAGAAGUAAUGAUUUUAAUGUUACAGAACCUGCUUCUGAAACUGCCAAGCGUAGGAAAGUCAGGCAACCAAAAGAUGGCAAACUAGGAAAAUCAGAAAAGCCUCCAAGGGUGGGUAAAAGAGAGGCUGAAAGUUUGAGUAAGCAAGUGAACUCUGAUGCAUCUAACAGUUGGAGUAAUGGGCAUGAUUUUGAUUGUGAUGAGGACGAUCUUGACAAACAGGUUUCGUGGAAGGACAACUUGGGUUUGAACCAAAUUAACUUUGACGAGUCUGCCAUGCCAGUGCCAGUUUGCACUUGCACUGGUUCACCCCAGCCAUGCUAUAGGUGGGGGAAUGGUGGAUGGCAAUCUGCCUGCUGCACGACAACAAUUUCAAUGUAUCCAUUACCGCAGGUGGCAAAUAAACGCUACACCAGAGUUGGUGGUAGAAAGAUGAGUGGAAGUGCUUUCGGCAAGUUGCUUAAUCGACUUGCUGCAGAUGGCUAUGAUUUUUCCACUCCACUAGAUCUUAAAGAUCACUGGGCUAAGCAUGGGACGAAUCGUUACAGCACCCUAAAAUAA